AUGGACAAGCCGCAUCCUCCAGAACAAGCGCAUUCGUCGCACACGGUGCUGGAUGUCUCCACGGCAGAAGACCCUGGGGCGUACUCACGAUUCCGAGCUGUUCGCUCGUUCUUGAUCGCCCAGUGGUUCUUCAUCGGGUUGGCGAUCUUCGUGGUCAUCGCCCGCUUUGCUCCCCUGUUUGCAAAACAGGGAGGGCUUAUCCGAGCCGAAUACACCAUCGGAUACGGAGCCGUGGCUAUCAUUUUCUUCAUUUCAGGGCUCACCAUGGGCAGUCGGGACUUGCUCAAGAACUUCUCCAACUGGCGGGCCCAUAUCACCGUGCUUUCGCUCUCGUUCCUCAUCACGUCUGCCAUCAUGUUUGGCAUCGUAUCCGGGAUCAGAGCCGCCCACGAUGGCGCCAUUGACGACUGGGUGCUCGUGGGCAUCAUCAUCACACACGCAUGUCCCACCACCGUGUCGUCCAACGUGGUGAUGACCAAGCAGGCCCACGGAAACGACAUCCUCACCCUUUGUGAAGUGUUUGUGGGAAACAUCUUGGGAGCAUUCGUUACACCUGCGUUGAUCCAGAUGUACAUGCGAGGCGUGUGGGAGUUCGGCAACCCCUCGCAUCAAGACACCGACGUGCCCAUCCUGGACUUGUACAGAAGCACCAUGAAGCAGUUGGGAUGCUCUGUGUUCGUGCCCUUGUUUGUGGGCCAGGUGAUCCAGAAUAUAUGGCCCAAGCAGACCAAGUGGGUCAGUUCCAAGUUCUACUUGAACAAAGUGGGCUCGUUCAUGUUGCUUUUGAUCAUGUUCCAGUCGUUUUCUACCGCGUUCGCCCAGCAUGCGUUCACGGCCGUAUCCCACGUCUCCAUCAUCUUUCUCGUCUUCUUCAACAUCGGCAUGUACUUGUUCUUCACGGCAAUUUCCUACUGCUAUGCCAGGCCAUGGCCCAUCAAGUACUUCCUCAGCACGGUUCCUGACGAAAAUUCGACCAAAUUGUACACCUACACCUACAAGAUCUUCAGGCCUUUCUACUACAACAGAAGGGAUGCCGUGGCUGUGAUGUUGUGUGGCCCAGCGAAGACUGCAGCCUUGGGGGUUUCGUUGGUUUCGUCUCAGUACGGUGCCCAUAAUCCACGCUUGGGUAUAUUGCUUGUGCCUUUGGUUUUGUACCAAUCAGAGCAGGUUAUCACUGCCCAGGUAUUGGUCAACUUCAUGAGAAAGUGGGUACAUGCUGAGGAUGCUGUUGCCAAGGACCACGAGUCCGCAUUGGGGAGAGGAACAGAGCCACCAAGAUGA